AUGAUUAUUGAGAGUGAUGUAAAUGGAUUACUUUCAAAUUCACGGGUUAAUUUUUGCCAUAUCGACCAAUUAAUUGUGUGUAAAUUCGAUGAAAACAUCCUGUCAAAAAUCAAUAAUUUCUUUCUUUGGCUUGAGGAACAAAAGGAUAUUGGGAAAGAAAUUAUACGAAAUGAGACAGGUCGCACACGUUUACCCAAAACACCUAAACGAGGAUACUGUUUUUCACAGGAAGCAGAAACUUUUCAAAAAUGUAGGAAAAAGCUUUUGGAUAGUGUUAAAAGAAAAGGAGCUGCUAUUUUUGCAAACGAUGGAAAUACUGCCCUUUGUGCUGUACAAACUCCGAAAUCUUCAAGAAACGCUACUGCGCGAGCUGUAAAACAGGAGACAAUGUUAGCUGGCCAAAUGAAUGGUCGGAAAAUACCAAUACCGCCUGUACCCGCUCCUAGACAAUAUGUCCCAAAACAACAGACACCCAUUAAGGUUAAUAAGUAUCCUUCAGUUACAACUUCUUCAAAUAACACAGCAAAGCGGACACCUCUUAGAAAUGGAAUGACUCCGAAAAUCACCACACAGAAAACUCUGGUUAAUUCGGAAGCCACUGCUCGAAAAAUUACAGUUACUCCAAAAGCGACUGUUCAAAGAACUGUUGUCACCCCAAAAAUGGCUGAUAAGAACAUUACAAUUACCCCAAAAGCGAUUAUUCAGCAACCAACAUUCAAGAGAUCUGAAGUAAUACGUAAAAUGGAGAAAAGAACAAAUAAUGUAAUCAAAAACAAAGAGGAACUGAUGAAAGAAAAGGCAGAACGUGCAAGGAGAGAUCGUGAGGAACGGGCGUUACGCGUGAAAAUGAAUAAUAAAAAGAAAGAAGAGGAAGCGCUCGAGAAGCUUCGGAUAAUAAAAAUGCGCGAACAACAAAUCGAAGAACUGAGGCAAAAACAACGUGUGCCGCAAAGAGCUAUCUCAAAAUCACCCUGUCGUACUAGAGCCUAUUACAAUCGCAUACAAAAACCACUCGUUCGUGCGAAAUCUUCACAAGAUAUUUCUGUAUCAAAGAGCGCAUCACAAACAAAGAUGACAAACGAUACACAGGAAAACCUGCAGUUGCAAGGAAAACGGAACUAUGUCGAUAGCAUCAAACAGGAUAUCGAUAUCCAGAAUAAAAGACAAAAAAUGGAAUCGAUAGAAUGCAGUGAAACAGAUAACACUGAUAGACAUUCCAUCAAGACCGACAUGCUAGAAAAAGUGCUGAGUGAGGAACCAGUUGAUGUUCAUAUUCAUACUGAAUGUCCUGAAAGUGAUGAAAAAAGAAUUUCUGAAGAUAAAGGAAAUUCAGAAAACACUAUAUAUGUGAAUAGUGAUUCAAACGAAACUACUGCAAUAAUCGAACAAGAAAUAUUGGGAUCUUUGCGAAAUUGUGAUGUUAGUCCUGAUAUUGUGUUGCAUUCACCUGUAGUUGAAAGUUCGGAGAUCAAUGAAAAGGAAAAUGUGGAUGAAGCUUCACAGGUCAUGGAAGUUGACAACCUCACUGCCGAGACAAGUAGUAUAAAUAAUCAGACUUUUGAUAAAAGCUUAAAUGUGUCAGAAAACGAAACAUUGGAUGAUAUUGGUAAUAACUAUGAUGUAGAGAGCAUUUCGUCAAAUGAUGAAACAGAUGAUGAAGAGAAUCCACGAAAACCGAUUCCUCUUUGGGCGCAAGGAGAACGACUGCAAAAUGCGUUACAGAAACAAGUUGUGCAACCGUCCAUUGAUGCUGAUGCGUAUUUUGGACCAGUACGAACACCUAUGCUGAACAAAAUUUUUGCAAGGAAUCGCACACGUUAUAAUAAACGAACAUCUUCAGCCCUGUGGACAUCACCAAUGAGUAACCCAAAGAAGGGGACGAGUAAAUUUUUUGAGCUGCAGAGCGUCAAGUACGGCAAUAAGUCACGAUAUCACGAUGAACUGUUGAAGUAA